AUGUCCCAUCUAGAGAAGCUUCCCAACGUGACCCUUCUAGAGCUGGAUGUGACUAGCUCUUCCAGCAUUGCGACCGCUGUGGAAACCGUCACAGCCCUGACCGGGGGGCAAUUGAACUACCUGAUCAACAACUCGGGUGCGGGCAUAACGCUUCCGAUAUUGGACACCGAUCUGGCCAAGGCAAAACAACUCUUUGACGUGAACCUGUGGGGCACCGUCGCAGUCACCCAGGCGUUUGUCCCGUUGGUCAUUGCUGCCAAAGGCACGAUCGCAAACAAUGCUUCUCUGGCCGCAGUGCUGCCCGCGCCCUGGCUUGGAUUCUAUAGCGCAUCCAAGGCCGCCAUCAAGGCUUAUACGGAAACGCUGCGUCAUGAAAUGGGCCCUUUCAACGUCAAGGUGGUCCUUUUGAUGACUGGCGUGGUAGAGACGAAUUUUUUCAACAAUUUCACCAGACUCAGUCUCCCCGAGGACUCCUUGUAUAAGGGAGCUGCCAAGGAGAUCGCGACAGAGCCCAAGAUGGCCAAGAUGCCAGCGGCCGAUUAUGCUGAGCGUGUGGUGGGUGAUCUGCUUGCGGGUGCAAAUGGAUCAGUCUGGAGAGGCAAAAUGGCGUCAAUUUGUUGGUUGACGAGUUCUUUUAUGCCGACCUGGCUGAUGGACCGGGCUCUGACGAUGGGACGGGGCCUUGAACAUGUGGGUUGA